CACAUCACAAGUUUCAGGCCCCCCGUUCUUACCACCAGGCCAUUGUAACGAUCUUCUUGCUGUCAUUUUUGAAUCGAGCAUCACAUUUACAUUACCUCUAAGUUGUCUCUUUACGCCUACACCAACGCGCCAUAUUGAAGGAAUACGAAACAGUAUCACCAACCGAAAAACUCUUGGUAUACAUAUCGCCUCGCCCACCAGACCACAACCUCCCUAUCAACCAUGUUUGAACAUUUCGCACCCAGGCACGUCCCACCUCUCCUUCUCGCCAGCAUCUGGACAGUCGGCGGGCUGAUGUCUUUUACCCACGGGCCCGAACAAGCUAUCUUGGCGUACGGUCUCUCCAAAAGCAUCGCAGCUUCAAAGGCAGCUUGGCCUCUCAUCAAGAUCGAAGGUUCGCGCGUCAGCACUAUCGGUAUGGCAAUCUGGGGAAUUUAUCUAGGGGGCCAUUUGGAAGCCAUGGAUACGCUGCUUGCUUGCAUUGGAUGGAUGGCGAUCAUUGACGGUGUGGUAUGCGCGAAGGAUGGGUCUCCAGAGUCUGCUAGGAUGCGUGCGACGUAUCAGGGUGUGGUUGCGCUUUGGGGUUUACUGGGUAUGACUUCGGGGAAGUACUUCUAGAUCAAACUUUGAGGUCGGGCUGACACCAACU